ACCCUACCUUCCCCCCCAUCUACUGCCCAUUUGGGGUUCGAAGUUAUAAAUUUAUUCGAUUUUGUUGCGGGCUUCUAGGGCUCAUGACCGAUGCGUUGAGGAAAUUCUUGGAAAUCAACCUCCCGAAACCAAAAGAGGGGAAGAAGGCUAAGUUCAGCCUCGGCGUUGCAGAGCCCAAGGUUGGGUCUCAGAUCUUCGAAGUGACCGAGAUUCCUUGCCAGAGCAAUGAGUUUGUUCUCGAGCUCCUUCAUGGUGUCAGGUUGCACUUUGAUAGGUUCAUUAAAGACUUAAAGCCAUCAGACUUGGAGAAGGCUCAGCUGGGUUUGAGUACAAUCAUUGUUCAGGAUCUCGAUCAUUUGUUGCAACAAUGACUAUAUCGGUAAUAUGUUUUUGAGUAUGUACUGGUUAUAUUUUUAGUGAACUGCCUGUGAAACAAUCUAUGGGAUAGUUUUGGCUAUUGUAAGAUAGACAAUUUGCUGCAAGUAGAUUUUUUAUUCUAGUUUGCUGCAAGUAUAUUUUUGGAAUCCUUUUAUGCAAGUAGAUCUGACAGUUAUUCUAGUUUUCUUAUU